ACAAUUAUAUAUGGAUAAUUUAUUUUUGAUUGAAUUUAAAUUCGUGGUCUCGGUUUCCGUAAAUAUAUAAACAAAUCGACAAGCAUAUGCGCAAUCGGUAUAAAAUCAAUUUAUGUAAUAAUUAAUAAUUAUUAUUAUACAUAAUUAAAUAUAAUGUACAAUUUCUUUUCCGAUCAAAUUUAAAUUCGUGUCUCAGCUAACGUAUAUAUAGACAGAUCGAUAGCACAUGCUAUCGGUAUAAAAUCGAUUUGUAUAAUUGCUAGAUAAUACAGUCAUUGACUGGACAUUACUAUAUAACAUAGCCAUUAAUAUUAUUUAUACUAAUACAUUUAUCUCACUUAAACAUAUUACAUAAACGUUUAUCAUGUAAAAAAACAGCAUGUUUUAUUUAUCGUCCCCAAAGACCAAAAAUAAUACACUUAAUGUAUUUAUCUUGAUGAAAUAAUUGAUUUAAUGGUCUAUCAAGAAAUUCUCAACGGAAUAAUUGUUUUCUUAAACAUCAACGAUGAUGGCAUAAUGCUGAAAACAAAACGAAUAUUCACUGUAAGUUCUAAAGAGAUACCUAGAGCGACUUUCCGGAAGUACUUAUCAUUCUAUAAGUCACAAAAAGACAAGACGAAAAGAAUGGAUACUCAAUUUACGGAAUCGCAUCCUCCAGAUCCGACGAGAGUGCGAUCUUUUCGUCGCAGUGGUUUAAUCAACGAAAAUUCUCGAACUGUAUCUGUGAGCAGUAAUAAUCCAGAAAGCUUCCAAUGUGCAAUAGGGCCUAUUUUAGGGUUUGCCCAAUUAUUCGGAGUUUUGCCAGUCUCAGGAAUAUGUGCACCGACCCCUUUGAAGUUAAAGUUUGCAAUUUUUUCAUUCCGUACUCUCUAUGCCGUUUCUAUAAUUGUCAUGGUAUUCGUUGUGGCGAUAUUGGCAAUUAUACACAUAAUAAAGACACUAGACGUCUCAAUUUUUAAAAUAGGAGGAGGAAUAGUAUCUGUAAUAUUUUACGGGAAUAAUGUAAUCAGCUUGAUGAUAUUUGUCUGGCUAUCACCGCGUUGGGUAACUCUUCAACGCGAUUGGAGAGCUAUGGAACAAUUUAUAGACAGUAAUAAAGUGGAACGACCGAAACUUCGUUGGAAAUUUUAUUUGAUAACUGCUACAAUUUUAUUUUUCGCUCUUGGCGAAAAUAUUCUGAAUAUAGCAAUAAAUACGGAGAAAUUUUAUUGGAAUGGCAAUUUGAAAAAUACGACAUUUGAACAUUUCUUGGAAAUAUAUUGCAUGUCUUCACAUGCGUUUAUUAUGGAGCAAUUAAAUUAUAACUUUGCACUCGGCAUUUUUAUUUUUAUCGUCAACAAAUUGGCAACUUUUACAUGGAACUUUACUGAUGUUUUCAUCAUGUUGAUAGCUACCGGUUUAGCUGAAAGAUACAAGACGUUGAACAAGCAAGUAACAACUUCUGCAUUGAAGCAUGGGAUAACAGACUGGUGUGGAUUUCGCGAAGAUUAUGCUGUUCUUAGUUGCAUGGUGAAGAAGGUAGACAACAAUAUCUCACCUAUAAUUCUUUUAUCAUUUGCGAACAACUUUUAUUUCAUCAGUUUGCAACUACUUAAUGGAUUAUCCCAGCCAGCUGAGGGCAUCAUAAAUGAUAUAUAUUUUUUUGGAUCUUUCGUAUUCCUAAUUGGCAGAACAGUGUUCGUUAUUCUGCUAACUGCAAGGAUCAACGAUCAAAGCAAAAUUAUUUUGCCGAAGUUGUACACUUGUUCGAGUUCUACCUAUAAUAUAGAAACAGAAAGGCUGAUAUAUCAACUCAGUACUGACAAUAUCUCACUUACAGGAUUGGGUUUUUUUUCUAUUACACGAAAUUUCAUGUUAGCGGUGGCUGGUGUAAUUGUAACAUAUGAAAUUGUACUACUGCAAUUUAAUGUCCCAAAGAAUUAGUCCAAUUAAUGAAGGCCUAUUUUAAAUAAAUAACAAAAAUAAUUGCAGAAGUUCUGAAAAUUAAAGAUGUUUGUUUAGGCUUAUUAAUGAAUU